AGGCCGACGCACGGCGCCGUCCUCCCGCGUAAGCGGAUCCCCGGAACUCAGUCGGUCUUCAAACGGUGUCGCUGCGCGGAGUCUCUGUAAGGACCUGCGGUUCCCCGCUCCUCACUGCUGCACCGCUCGGCGGCGCCCUGCUGUGUCCCGCUUGCGCCCACAUGUCUCCCCGGCCGAGCGCCGCCCUGGUCCGGACCCCCGCGCACCUGUACCGCUACCUGCUGCGCUGCUGCAAACUGCUGCCAACGGCGGCCAUGGAGCAACACUACCGACAUGCCGUGAGACAGGGCUUCAACAGCCACUCGGAUGAAGAUGACCCCGAGCGUAUCCAGCAGAUUAUCAAACGGGCCAUUGAUGAUGCUGACUGGAUCCUGGAAAAGUACAGCAAAAAGUGAAGAGUUGUGGGAGAAGGAGACAAAGGUGUGGAAGGUGCAGAAGAAGGAUGGAUGUUGCGCUGCUCCGGGUCCCUCUCUGGAGUCCUCUGUAAUAACAGUGAUGGAGCCACUGAGAUCAGGGGACAGCACCUUGGUUUCUCUACAGCUUCCCUCUACGCUCUUAAACACUUAAAAAUGUCAUGGAGAAUAAUGUCUUCGUACAAAUGAGCUGAAUGCCCAGCUGCAACAGGUGACAGCCCCCAUCGCACAACAGAGACCCUGAAUUACUGUCUCAGACUAGACUGGAUGGAUUCAAACAGCCAAUGCUGUGAGUUAGAGAUUUUCGAGAUGUCAGAGUUUCUGGCAAUGGUCAAUCACAGGCUGCUUACGAUAAAUGUAUAUAAUUUUCAGACUGUGAUAACAGGCAACUCAGGGAACCAAGGUGUUUGCUAUUAUUAUUAUUAUUAUUAUUAUUGUUAUUCAUGUGUGGCACAGGCACAAACCUUUUACUUUUUCCUCACCCUAAAAUGCAUACAAAUACAAGGACACAAGGUGCAGCAGAAGGCAUGCUGGUGGUGGGCAGUCAUAUAUUACAGAUUCGCAAUAACCUGCCUAAACCAUCAUUAACACAUGAAGAACUAACACAAUGCACCAAAGGCUUAUUAAAACGUCAUUAAAACACAAAUACACUGUAUGGCACGGGAGGAAGGGAGGGGUCCCGCCACCCGGCCUCUACGAUAUUUUUGUUUUCAUAAUAAAUCCUGAAUGUCUUAA